CAAACCUAUCCACCCUUUUUUCCACCCUACACCCAACAAUUUUCGCAUAAAAUAAUUCUCCACAGACAAAAAGAUGUCAUUUUUCAGCGACAUACGUCACACUCCCGCAGCCACGAAGCCGCCCAGCGGCGCCUCUUCCGUCGUCCCACCCCAGUUGUCCGGCGGCGCUGAUCCCCGAGUCCCUUUGAUGAACUUGUCCAUAGUCCAAACCCGCAUGGAUUGUCUCCAGAAAUUCCUGUCUGAUUCAGUCAACAGCAACACUUUGCUGGGUCAGCCUCAAAUGGACAUGGUUUCCUCCGAGAUCGCCUCCGCCAUCCACCAGAUCAUCGUUAAUGGCGCAGCCCUAUUGUCCUCUACUCCGUCUCUUUCCUCAUCGUACGGGGUCGAAAACACAGAGGAGAAGGAAAAGGGCUUACAGAACCCUGGGAAAUCGGUGCUGAAUCCUAAGGUUGAGAUCCAGGAGGAUGAGGUGUUGGAUGAUUACGAGAUAAUCGAGCUGGACGCGGUGGAGCUGCUGGCAGAGCACGUGCAUUUUUGCGAGAUUUGUGGGAAAGGGUUCAAGCGGGACGCGAAUCUGAGGAUGCACAUGAGGGCGCAUGGGAAUCAGUUCAAGACUCCCGAAGCGCUGGCGAAGCCCGAAAAAGGCGGGGAAUUGAUCGGACAGAGGACGAGGUUUUCUUGCCCGUACGUGGGCUGCAAUAGGAACAAGCAGCACAAGAAGUUCAGGCCUCUGAAGAGUGCGAUUUGUGUGAAGAAUCACUUCAAGAGGAGCCACUGCCCCAAGAUGUAUUCUUGCAAUCGUUGCAAUAAGAAGAGUUUCUCCGUUGUGGCGGAUUUGAAGAGCCAUUUGAAGCAUUGUGGGGAGAGCAAGUGGAGGUGUUCUUGCGGGACGAGCUUUUCGCGGAAGGAUAAGUUGUUCGGGCACAUGGCUUUGUUCGAGGGCCAUAUGCCGGCGGUGGUGGAUGACGGGAAGGAGGAGAAAGGGAAGAGCAUGGCGGCGGUUAUGGUGGUGGAUGAUGAUGAGGAGGAGGAGGAGAUGAAUGUGAAGGGUGUUGGUGUUGGGAUGACUUGUGGAUUGGAGAGCAAUAAUGGUCUUUUUGAGGGGCCGAUGGAUGGAUUUGGUUUGAUUGACAAUUAUUGCUUUGAAGAUGUGUUGAAUUCUCCGAAUUCUGUGAAUACUUUAGGUUCUGGAAUGGAGGGGUUCUUUAACUUUUGAUGAUGGGAGAAAAAGACAGCUUUUGCACUAAUACUACUUGUUCUUGGACAUUUUGCUUUGCCUUGUAUGUAUAUGAUGGAUUUCUUGUAUUCUUUGUUGUACUAAUAAAUUAGCUCUCACUUCUUGUAGGAGAGAUGUUCAUUACUUCAUUUCCAGAUACUUAGGCUGUUCUUGUUCUGAUUUCCUAAUAAAAGUUGAAGUCUUUAUGUAAGGCUUCUUCUAUUCUGCAUUGAGACAGAUAGAUUUUCUUGA